GGAGACAUCACAGGAUUGUCGCAAAAAUGGCGUCCAUUCCGGUGUACUGUGUCUGCAAACAAGUCUACGAUGUAACGCGUUUUAUGAUAGAAUGUGAUGUUUGUAAGGAUUGGUUUCAUGGAAGCUGUGUCGAGAUUCGAGAAGACCAGUCUGAUGAUGUGGAAGAGUUUCACUGCCCAACUUGUGCAAUAGUCCAUGGACCAACUAAAUUAAAGAAGAAAAAGAAUUGGCAUAGACAGGACUACACAGAAGAGUAUGACCCAACUAAGCCUGUGCAGAUCGGAACAGCUGUGUUUUUACGGCAGCUGAAAAGCAGAGCCUUUCGACGGGCAGAUGAGAUUCUUUUGCAUCCACGGGGGCAUGAGUUGACAGUGGACUUCCUGGACAAACAUGGUUUUCAAUUUCCCAUCAUGAUAGACAACAAGGAAGGUCUUGGACUCAUUGUGCCCCCUCCGACAUUCACUGUCUCAGACGUACAGGAGUAUGUAGGAUCUGACAUGGAGAUCGAUGUCAUUGAUGUCAGGAAACAGGACGAAAUGAAAAUGUCAAUGAGGGAUUGGUCAGAUUACUUCACGAGUCCUAGCAGAGACAAAAUCCUCAACGUGAUCAGCCUAGAGUUCUCACAGACAAGGUUGUCUGACCUAGUGGAGGCUCCAAGGGUUGUUCGGAAGAUUAGCUGGGUUGAGAACAUCUGGCCUGAUAAGCUGCCUGAGGACUGCCCAUAUGACAAGCCCCGUGUCUCCAAGUACUGUCUCAUGAGCAUCAAAGAUAGCUAUACAGACUUCCAUGUGGACUUCGGAGGGACCUCAGUUUGGUAUCAUGUCUUACGAGGUGAGAAGAUCUUCUAUUUUGUGAAGCCAACAGAAGAAAACCUGGAAGCCUAUGAAGCCUGGAGCAGGUUGGAUCAGGAUAAACAGAGUGAAACCUUCUUUGGAGAUAGAGUGGACAUCUGCUAUAAAUGUGUGGUCAAGCAAGGACAGACAUUGUGUAUACCAACAGGUUGGAUACAUGCAGUGCUGACAACUGUUGACAGUCUUGUGUUUGGUGGCAAUUUCCUUCAUGGUUACAGCAUAGGUUUACAAAUCAAAAUCCAUGAAUUAGAAAAGAGAGUAAAGACACCACCUAAGUUCCAGUUUCCAUGGUUUGAAGCCACCAUGUGGUAUGCUGCUGCUCACUUACUUGACAAGUUAAAAGAAGGCAGAGAAGAGAAGAGAAGGAUAUCACCCCAUAUUAUUCUUGGUGUCAAAGACCUGUGCAGUACUCUCAAGUCAUGGACAAAUAAGAGAGAGAUAAGACACCAUCAGAAAGAGAUUCCAGAGACAGUCAACCAGAGUCAAUUGAUCAAGGAGCUUGCCAAGGAACUCAAAUCUUAUGAGCCUCAAACAAAAAAAGACAAGAAGAAGUCUAAGAAGAAAGGCCAGCUUGACAGUAAGCAGAUUGAAGCAUUAGAGCUGCUGCAUAGUGAAACAGAAGAAAACCUUCAUGGUACUUCGUCACAUCGGUUACCUGCUCUCAUAUCCAAACCAUUACCAGGUUCAUAUCGAGCACAGGCCCAGGACAGUAAACCAUCUCUCAAACUACGCAUUCCAAAGGUAGAAGCUGCUGAUCAAACCUCAACGACUGCAACGUCAGAGAGUGAAGAUGAAAGGUAUCGGAAAAAGAGAAAGAAGAAUACGACAGAUGCCAGGAAUCCUCAGACACUGAAAUUAGUCGUCUCAAAUGGCAAAAUUGUCAGUCGAGGUGGAUCACCUGUCACUGUUCAGAACACUGGUUUCUUACCUAUCUCUAAGAGUGAAGGCAGUAGUGAAGAGAUCAACAUUGAUGAUAUAUCAGCAGAAGACAUCAAAGAGAGGCGGAAACUGAUGUCAUCACAAGGUUCUCUCAAACUAAGAUUAUCAUUCAAUGGUAAAUCAAAUCACCAAGGUGGUACAAGUAGUUCACAUGAUACCAGUAGUCAUCAUAAUACAUCAGACACACUUGAUUCAGAUGAUGAUGUCUUGCCUUCAGAUCGGAGUCCUAGGACUCCGCAGUUAAGUAACGUAGAUGUCCUGUUACAAGCCACAAAGCUUGAACCCUUACCAACAAUAAGUCUUGCAGACAUUGAAGCCGAGCUGAAGAAUCAGCCAGCAUCACCCGGUACCCAAGAUGCCAUCCAAGGAAUGCUGUCCAUAUCACUCCCAGGACGAUCAUCCACCAGCCCCACUCUUGCCCAUGAAGAUGAUGAUGACGACGAUGAUGAUGAAGACAGCAGUGAAGAAGGAUACUCAAGAGAGAGGAGAGCAUCCAGACACCGACAUCGGAAACGAUACUCUGAUGAUCCUGAAGAGUUACCCAACUGCUUUCAAGAUGCCAAAUAUGUAUAUCCCUCCCUGGAUGAUGACGGAGAUGGUCCACUCUUCAAAUCGCGAAGCAAAACUCCAAGGAGAGAUCAGUUGGACUUACCAUGGAAUCCCAAGGCCAAAGUAUCCACUCCUAGUCAGAAGCUAGUCAGACCUGUCAGGGAGAAUGCAAGGAGACCCAACAUUGAGACAGGAUUAGCUGAUGCUGCUGCCAGAUUAGCAAACAAGCCAAGACCAAAGAGGCAGUACAUCAGACGGAAACCCCUCGCACCUAAGAGGGCAGCAGAGCCCCUUGAGGAUAUCCCAUCAACAAGUAGUGCAUUCCUGGCCCAGUCUCACAAUGACCCAUUCACAUUCCAUGAUGCUCUGGAUGUAGAGGAGCUUGACCUUACCCAGAGUGCCCCAGCUAAUCUGCUCAAACCAAGCACAGCCCUCGGACCAGGAAGGCCUCCUAACAAGAAACCAAGGAAAGGGAUGGCAACUGCAAAACAGAGGCUUAGUAAAAUCCUGAAACUGAAGAAAGGAGGAAGGAUAAUCAUGUGAUUAGCUGGUUCAUCAUGACUUCAAGCGCACAUCUAAGUGCUUUCUUACUAACUGAUCAAAAUCAAUCUCAACCAUGGAAAGCUGGCCAUGCCUUGUGACACUCCCUGUUUGAUGAAAACACUGAAAUAUUGUAUCAUCGUAACUUGGCUUAACUAUUUUUACAGACAAGAGGAAAGAUCUUAAGACCCAGACAUUGCCACUAAUACCCUCAUCUAACUCACCAGCUCUAUGGGAACAGGUUGCAGAGAUGUCAGCACUAACCAACUUUUCUUCCCUAUAAAGUGCUAUGUAUUAUGCCUUGCUGAAGAGAAAAGAAAUGGUAUGUGACCAUUGUAGGACAAUAUAUGGACUUAUCAUAAUAUUACUGCUUGUGAUAAUGGAUUACCCACCAAUGCACUAUUGGGCCUUGAUACCAUUCCUUGUCGACAAGAAGGUAUUCAUUGUCAACUGACAUAUAUCAGUAUACAUCUUCUCCCAUGAUGAAAAAUUAUGUCAUCACUGGCUUGCCAUAAAGCUUGAUUUGAAUAAAUCAUACAAGUUCUUAAUAACACAGAGCCCAUGGGCUGUUAAACCUAAAGUUACACAUGAUUUUACAAAUGAUGGGGGCAUUUUUUAAAGUGCUAAAUUAUUUCAAUCAUCUCAAUGCCCAUCAACUAAAGGUGAAAUAUUACAAUUCCUUUUGAAUGCUGGGUAUUAUUUUUUUUAAAUGAAAAGGGUUGUAGGAAAUACAGUCCCUCUUUAAUUGAACACCAGGGAAUUUUUUUGAUGGCUCAACUAGAAAGAGUAGUGCUGGAAAUGAGGGCUCAUUUUGAUACUGAUAGGUUAUUUGUGAAGUUACAAAUUUAAGAAUUUUUCUCCUUUUCACGCCUCAUUCCCUCAUAUUUUUAUUUGUACUUUUGUUGCUCUCCCAUGGAGGUGACACCCAGGGAAUGCCACUGAUCUCAUUUAGCACAAGCACAUGUUCAAGUUCUUUGUGAAGCCCUGCGUAACUUGCAAAUAAAUUUAGGAAAUGACCCUGGGAACAAUCACACAGAAAGAAUGUAUGGUAAUACUCCAUUCAAGAUUAUGAAAUUAAAAUAAAUGCAUUAUUCAUUUGGGUGUAAAAAAGUAGCUGACAUAGAAUGAUGAGGACACAAGUGUGCUAUGUGCUUCAGAGUACAAAAACAAGGGUGCUUCCUGCAAAACUACUACUACCUAUCUGAUUUAUGAUUCAAACUGAUUAAUGUAUCAACAUUAAUAGUUUUACUGUGACUUCAUUAUUUGAUGUGUUUGGGUGUGGUUGCAAAAUGUAUCAUUGGACAAAUGAAUAUGCACUGCAAACAAAAACACCGAUGUCGAUUAACACCAGCCCGGUGUCUAUAUUGGUCCACACCAGAGAAGCGUUGAAACAACACCAGUUAAUAAUCAAACCGAUAUUGGUUUAACACUAAUUGGUGUUGCUUAAAUGCCAAAUCGGUGUUAGCCUAACACCAAACCGGUGUUGUUUCAACACCUCUGGUGUGGACCGAUAUAGAUACCAGGCUGGUGUUAAAAUAACAGCGGCGUUUUUGCAGUGUGUAAAUUAUUUUGCAUUCAAGAAUACGAACAUGCGAUUUGAAUGAGUUUACUAGAGUUUAUUUAUUAUACCCCACACCCCCCCCAAAAAAAAAAAAAAAAAAAAAAAAAACUUGUGAUUUCUAAAUCAUUUUUUUGUUGUAUUUAAAGUUCCCUUGGCCUAAUUCUGAAAUCUGGCUUAACCAAAUCCAUGGAAUGAAUCUUUGUGUUAACUAUGAAUAGUCAAACAUUUAAAAAGAAUCAUAAAUGCUACUUUGUUGAAAAGUACCAUUUGAAAAUUUUCAGUUGAAAUAAGAUAUGAUAAAUGUUUGUCAGAAAUGAUGCUCAUUGAUAAAGUGAAAAUCAACUGAAAAAUGAAUAAAGUGCAGUAUUAGUUAUUACAAACACUCCUAAUAAACUAUUUUGAUUGCAGCAGUUACAAAUAAACCAUGAAUUUUGUACUAAGUUUACUUGAAUUGCAACUUUUUCAUAAUGGCAUCAUUGUUUUGGCAGUGUAGUGAGGGCAUUAUAGGUUUUUCCCCAUUAUAUUCAUUCAUUUGUUAUUGUUGUAAUGAACUUCAUUUAAGAAACAUUACUAUUUCAAAAAUCUGAAAUUGAUUUGUGAAAUUCUCAUUUAUAUUUCAGUGUUACACAGACCUCAGCUAUUUAUCAUAGUUUUUGUUCAUGAUUUACUUAUUUGUAGAAUCUCUCAUUCUCUUUACUAUUAUUUCUUCUUAUUAGCUAUGAAUAGAUUUUCCCUAUUCUUUCAUUUAGUGCAUUUCACUGAAUAUAGAUAUCUCUCUGUACAGAUAACCAAAACAAACAAAAACAAUUGUAAAUACAUUGUAGAUCUUGCAUAGAGUUUGUACUAUUUUUUGUAAAUACAUAUGCAUGUAAAUUGUAUAAAGAUAACAUGUAUAAAGUGUAUGAUAAGAAAAAUCUUGAGUGCAAGUGUAGAGAAUAAGAAGAGAUUUUUAGCAUUGUUUGAGGUGUUGUUUAUUUUAUUCCUGAUUUUUGUUCCCUUUAUUUUCAUCUCUUGUACGUGUUUUGUAAUGUGAUGUCAUAAAGAAAAUACCAUGAGGAAAUGAUAAAACUGGAGAAACCAAAUCCUUGUGUUUAUGAUUUA